AUGAGUAGUAUGAUGGCGGCAGGGAGCAGGAGGAUGCUCGUCCCUCUCAGGCCACGGGCGCUCUCGCAGCAACGGAAAAUCCUUGCCGGCCUCGCCGCCGCCUUCGCGGUCACCCUACUCUCCGUCGUCCUCCUGAUCUCCUCCCUUCCCGCCGCCUCCUCUCCACCAUCCCGCCGGCGCCACGGCAUCCACGCAGCAUCCACGACCGCGCGUGGUCCUCCCGCUCACUGCGGCGCGAUGAGCGCGAGCCUGGGGGAGUUCGGCGACAUGAUGGUGUCCAUGCUCCCGAGGGACCUCGCCUUCACCGCCUUCGUGGCCUCGCCGGAGUCGUUCCGCCGCGUCCUCGGGCUGCGGCACAACGACAGCGCUGCGGGGCUGAAGGCCAGCGACGACACCUAUGCCGUCGUCUCUCGCGUGCUCGGCUUCUCCGCCGUCCCUCUGCGCCUGCGCUCCGGGGACGUGGCUCUGCACGGGACGGCGCGGCUCCUGGACCUGGACUCCGUGUCCGGGCUGAAGGUGCACGCGUGGAGGGACGUGGACGGGGCUCUCGUCGUCAACGGCGUGCGGUCGGAGUGCGUCGAUAUCGUCAGGGACGAGACCGUGGUCCAUGUCAUGGCGGGGGUCCUCAUGGACGCCGAGUUCGAGCGAUCUCUUUCCCUUCAGAAUUAG